GUUAGUUCAAUGCAAGGCAUUGCUCGUGCACUAUGUGCAUUCGCUGCAAUUAACAUUUCUAAUAUAAAUAUUAAAAGUAUAAAAUCAUAAAAUCAAGAAUCACAAAUAAAAGUGCCGCGGCAUAAUAUACCAGUGCCGGUUUUCGUACCAACCUGUUGAUAUCAAUUAGUGGUUCUACCGAUAUAUCGCCAUUAGGUACCUGAACAUAGUUUGAUUAGGUACAACAUGAAGUUAGUACUCCGCACCGUCAUCGUCGACCGCUACGUAUACUUCCGAAAUAAAAGGAAAUGGAAUUUUUUAACCAUAUCUCUAUUUAUAUUGAGCUACAUUAUGUACCUCAAAUACACUUUUGGGCCGGGCUUUUCCUUCACUAAGUGGGACUGGAACGACGAUAUAUCAUGCUAUUUGAAUGAGGACGACGCUUUGCCUCCAAUAACAUCCGUUGCUCCGACAACGCGAUCGAUUUUUUUCACCGAGACUUCCUGUAAUAUCAAUGUGUGGGAGCCAAAGGAUGCCUGCGCCGUGGAAUCAGCGGCCCGAACUCACCCAAAUUGGAGUGUUUAUGUUCUCUUCACCAAUCCUCUCAAGAAGGAAGAAUUGGAAAAGAAUAAGAUAAUGCGGGUACUUCAGAAGGUGCCCAACGUAAAGCUGGCCAGAGUAAACAUAGAGGAAUAUGCCAUGGGCACGCCAGUAGAGGGCUUUGUUUCCGGCGGAGGUUUGAAUGAAACCGAGUGUCCUAUAAUGUUAACAGAGGGAUUAGUGAAAUAUCUUACUUUGCAGAAAUGGGGAGGGGUGUUUAUGGAAAAAGAUUUAAUCGUGACAAAACCGUUAACUUCUUUGACCAGGAAUUGGGUGCCAAAAUUGAACGAAGACUCUAUUGGAUCUGGGAUAUUGGCAUUUUCAAAAGACGAGGUCGGAAAAAAUGUCGCAGACUCAGCUUUGCGAUAUCUAAUAAAGAACCACAAGACCUUUGACUGCACAAACGGUGAAAAUGUAAUGUCCAAAAUUGUGCAGCAAGAAUGCACUAUACCUGACCCUGUCUCUAAAUCUGCUGCUAAUUGUAAUGGUUUCGAGAUUUACGGUUCCCAGUUCUUCUACCCAGUAGAUGCCAAGAACGUUGGGGAUUAUUUCGAAGCAGGUGAGCUCCCUGGGUACGAUAAAGCUUAUACGUACUACCUCUGGAGCCGCCUCACAUGUGGCACUGGGUUCCCUAAAUUCUACGGUUCCAGGCUUGGCAAGCUAGCCAAACGUCACUGCCCCACCACUUACUCUGCGUUCUCUAUAAAGUUCUAGAGAUUUAUGACGGACCUCAACAGUAUUGUACCUAAUAAGCAAAGAAUCAGCGCAAUGCUGAAUACCACUCGGUGUAUAUUUUGGUUGUAUUAUCUAUAAGUCAGUGUAAAACUUUGUAUGAUAUAAGAAAUUGAAUGUAUGUUAUAUAAAAUAAGAUAGAUAAGUGCAAUGUCCUUGGUAAUUGAAAAAUAGGUACUUGAAUGUAUCACUUGCGUAGGUACUUAAUGAUAUUGGUUUCCGUUACACUAAAACUCUUCGGGGUAUUUUCGGCUAUGAAAGUAUUUAUUGAGAAAUAAUUAAUGGAAUUGUUUUGUUUUUUUUUUUUUGUAAACUUUUUACAUAAUGUACCUUCUUCGAUAAUUUCGUAUUUUUUCCUGUUUGUAAUAGCACAAUUAUGUUUGAUUUCCAUCAGGCUUAUAAUUUUUCAGUGUUUUAAAAUAUUACAGAAACUACACUUAUGUACUUACACGUAAAAAUUGAUCGAUCAACAAUGAACUAUAAAUUAAAUACCUACAUAGCUGUAAGAAUUAGAAUUAAGUCAUGAUGUACC